AUGCAAUCACUUAUUCGUAAUAGCCAUGCAAUCUCAGAUGAAAUUGAAUCGCGUGUCAGAGCUAUCCUCCUACAGUUGGAUAAAAUUUCUACCGAAUUCGAAUUAGAACAAUUUCAGGAUGAUUUUUUAACAGACAAUAUCGAGAGCAUUAAGAUAUCGGAUAUGGGUGCCUCAUAUCAGAUGGUCAACCUAACCAACUGUAAAAUCAUAAUAAAUGUCUUUCAACUGCAUCAAGAUGAGCCUGCAGAUGAAGGUUUAAAUGAUGAUGAUGAGAAUAUAGUAGCUGCACGUCACUGGAUUUUACCAUCUACAUACUUACAUGAUACGUGGGAUAGUUUAAUUUACGAGGAUAAUAUUAAGGCUAAGCUUUUAAGCUACAUUUCUACCACUCUACUCUUUUCGGACAAGAAAGUAAACCAGGAUCUAAUAAAUUGGAAUAGGAUCGUUUUAUUGCAUGGCCCACCAGGAACUGGAAAAACGUCACUUUGUAAAGCAUUAGCCCAUAAAUUAACCAUAAGAUUUUCCAAACGGUAUAAAUACGGUCAAUUAAUUGAAAUAAAUAGUCAUUCGUUGUUUUCGAAGUGGUUCUCGGAGAGUGGUAAACUGGUUAUGAAGAUGUUUCAAAAAAUUCAAGAAUUGGUUGAUGAUUCAGACGCUCUGGUAGAAAGCCUAACUGCUGCAAGAUCAGCAGCAUUAAAUGGAACUGAACCUUCUGAUGCAAUUCGUGUUGUAAAUGCUCUAUUAACGCAGCUUGAUCGUAUUAAAAGUUAUCCAAAUGUUGUCAUCUUAACUACAUCAAACAUUACUGAUGCAAUAGAUCUGGCCUUCGUUGAUCGAUCUUCUCAAAAUUUUAUAUUGCUAAGAGCUGAUAUAAAACAGUUUAUUGGCCUUCCGUCAGUUAGCGCUACCAUGUCAAUCCAUUGUGCAAGUCUUAAUGAGCUCAUGAGAGUUGGCAUAAUUACACCUCCGAAAUUAUUAAUAGAUAAUAGGAUAAUACUAUCAAAAAUCAGUUCUACCAAAGAUGAGACGGCGAAACUUAGUCAAAAACUAUUGGAAGUUGCUAGAUUGUGCAAAGGCAGGAGUGGCCGCUACCUAAAAAAACUUCCAUUUUUAGCACACGCCUUAGCAAUUCAGUCGGCAACUUGCAAUAUAAAAGAUUUCAUUGAUGCUAUGUCCAAAACUAUUGAACAAGCUGAUGGCGAAAAAGAUUUGUUUACCACAUCUUAG